GGGCGUGUGCGCAUGCUCCGUGCGCGCGCUCGCGCUCGGAGCCCGGGAGCCUGGUCGCCUCUGCUCCAGUUCCCCUGGAGCGUCCGCGACGGCGGCGGCGGUCGGCGUGUCAGCCCGGUGUCGGCGUGAGGCGUCGCUGGGCCGGCGGGCGGUGGCGCCGUGGGAGUGGGAGGCCCGCGUCUCUCCAGCUGCCCCGCACGCUCCCCUGGCUGCGAGGGCAGAGCGCAGGAGUUUUUUACUUUACGAUGGUGUGAAAGCGAUGCACACUCGGGAGAAACCGUCCUUUGAAGUUUGACUUUGGAUCUUUUUUGGGCUAACGGCAUGUCGCACCCUGCUCUCUGGUGAUGCCAGGCCGCGAGCCGCAGCUCCCUGCCAGCCGGGCCACCAUGAGGGUAAACAGCUGCUAUCUGCAGUGUGUUCAUUGUGUCAGGGGGUCUUCCCACCCGCAGGCUCAGAUUUGCUUUGAGGUCACGUGGAUAUGAAAGAUGGUGUCAGCUUUAAUAUCUUCACCCGGGAGAGAGACAACCUUCUUUCUUAUUAAAAGACCAUAGGGAGAGGAGGUGACCAAAGGAAUCAUGCCAGAUGCCAACUCUCCAUCUUUUUUACAUUGUCGAGACAAAUGGCUUGUGCAUUAAAGAAAAUGAUUUGUUCAUCGACAUUAUUUGUAGCAGUUUAAAAGAAAAUUUUUUUCAUCUUAAACUCUGCAACUCUCAUAAAAUUUAACACAUAUAAAAAUCUUUAAGGCCUUGUUGAAAAUACCCUUCAUUCUUUAGCUUUUAGAACUUAAUGUUUAUGGGCCGUGUUUUUACUUGACAAAGCUCUCAAAAUUCACAGCAUCAGCAGAGAUAUGGACCUGAAAACGUAUGUUAUUGUAAUAGACUGCAGUGAAUUCAAGCGGACAAUUCAAGAUACCGUUCAUUUUAUCAUCAGAACUAUCACAUAAAUAUAUAAUUCGUAGCUUUAAUGCAAACAGAGUUGCUUGGCAAUGGCCUGGGUGAAAUUUCUGCGGAAGCCUGGUGGCAACCUGGGGAAGGUCUACCAGCCCGGGAGCAUGCUGUCCCUGGCGCCUACGAAAGGCCUGCUGAACGAGCCCGGACAGAACAGCUGCUUUCUUAAUAGUGCUGUGCAGGUUUUAUGGCAGCUGGAUAUAUUCCGAAGAAGCUUACGGGUUCUGACUGGACAUGUCUGUCAGGGAGAUGCCUGCAUAUUUUGUGCAUUGAAGACAAUAUUUGCGCAGUUCCAGCACAGCCGGGAAAAAGCCCUUCCCUCGGAUAACAUCAGGCACGCCCUGGCCGAGAGCUUCCGGGACGAGCAGAGGUUCCAGCUGGGCCUCAUGGACGACGCCGCGGAGUGCUUCGAAAAUAUAUUGGAGAGGAUUCAUUUCCACAUCGUGCCAAGCAGAGACGCAGACAUGUGCACGGCCAAGUCCUGUGUCACUCACCAAAAGUUUGCUAUGACUCUGUACGAGCAGUGUGUAUGUCGCAGCUGUGGUGCAUCAUCAGACCCUUUGCCUUUCACGGAAUUUGUGCGGUACAUUUCGACAACAGCCCUGUGCAAUGAAGUUGAAAGAAUGAUGGAAAGGCAUGAACGUUUUAAGCCUGAAAUGUUUGCAGAAUUGCUGCAAGCAGCAAAUACAACUGACGACUAUCGGAAAUGUCCUAGUAACUGUGGCCAAAAAAUAAAAAUCCGCCGUGUUUUAAUGAAUUGCCCAGAGAUUGUGACAAUCGGUCUAGUCUGGGAUUCUGAGCAUUCUGACUUGACCGAAGAUGUUGUUCGGAACCUAGCAACACACCUUCACCUCCCUGGGCUUUUUUAUAGGGUUACUGAUGAAAAUGCCAAAAAUAGUGAACUUCACCUUGUUGGUCUGAUCUGCUACAGCAGCCGACAUUAUUGUGCCUUUGCGUUCCACACCAAGAGCUCCAAAUGGGUAUUUUUUGAUGAUGCGAAUGUGAAAGAGGUUGGAACCAGGUGGAAAGAUGUGGUCUCCAAGUGCAUCCGAUGCCACUUCCAGCCCCUGCUCCUGUUCUACGCAAACCCCGAUGGCACGGCCGUUUCUACUGAAGAUGCUCUCAGGCAGGUCGUCAACUGGUCACAGCAUAAAUCCGUUGCAGAGAAUAUGGGAUGUGAAAAGCCCUUAAUUUAUAAGUCAGAUAAUUCAAAAGAAAAUGGAUUUGGUGAUCAGGCAAAACAGAGAGAAAAUCAGAAAUUUCAAACAGCUAAUAUUUCAUCAUUUAGUCGGAGCCACAUUCAAACAAGCAGUGGUAGAGGACCAGGUAAGCUAAGUCACAAUGAUCAAAGGGAAAAAAUAAAAGAUAUUUCCAGAGAAUGUGCUCUAAAAGCCGUUGAACAGAAAAACUUACUUUCCUCACAAAGGAAAGAUUUGGAGAGGGGACAACGAAGAGAUUUGGGUCGACACAGAGAUUUGGUUGAUGAAGAUCUUCUACAUUUCAAGUCUGGAUCACCUCCUACCCCCAAUGGCUUCAGACAAUAUGGCAAUCCACAUCUAUAUCACAGUCAGGGGCGGGGACCAUCUAAACAUGACCAAAGUGCCCAUCAGAGUCGAGCUUCUCUGCAGACACCAAGUUCAAGCAAACCCCAGAUUCUUGUGCCAGGAGAGAAAAUAAUUGGCAAACUUAAGAGUGACAUUGGGACCGGAUAUGAUACUGACAGCAGCCAAGAUUCUAGGGAUAAAGGAAGCAGCUGUAAUGGCAGUGGUAAAAGCCGGAACCGAGGUUGGAAACCUAUGAGAGAGACAUUAAAUGUCGAUAGUAUUUUUAAUGAAAGUGAGAAAGGACAGCACAGCCCAAGACAUAAAUCCCAUAUCAGUAACAAGGCUAAAUGCGGCAAAGACCAGGGUUUUAACAAUUGGCCAAAAGAGAAUCCGAAGCAAAAAUGCUUAAUGACUAUAUAUGAAGACGAAAUGAAGCAGGAAAUAGGCAGCAGGAGUUCCCUUGAAUGUAAUGGAAAAGGAGCAGAGAAAAAUAAAGGCGUCAGAGAGGCUCAAGUUCAUGGUGACAACUGGCAGAUGCAAAGGACUGAGUCUGGCUAUGAAAGCAGCGACCAUGUCAGUAAUGGGUCCGCCAGUUUAGACUCCCCUGGUAUUGAUGGUAAUGGCGCCGUGAUGGAGCUCGGUGGUGGUAAAGACGCAGCCCCCUUCAGUGACCAGAUUAAGACAAGCAACCUAAAUAUAGAACGUGUGAACAGUACCUCUCAACAGAGCAAAAACCACUUAGAAGGCAUUAGAAAAGAAGGCAGGAACUUGGAAGUAGGCUGUAAACCUCAUGAGUUCCAUCCAGAUUCACAUCCACAAAUAAAAAAUCCUGUGACAAAAAGGCCGCAUGCCCGUGGAACCAAUGGAAAGUCAUUCCCUGUGUCCAGUCCACACAUACUCAAGGACCAUACAGCAAGUGAGCAUAUCCACCAGUCCGAUGAACAGAAACUUGAAAAAUCAAGUGAAUGCAAAUUUUCUGAGUGGCUGGUUACAGAAAAUUCUGAGAGAGCGGGUUUACUUCUUCACAGCGAUGAUAAAUCUGCUUCUGGAAAGAGAAUGAACAGCGAGGAAGUACUCGCGCCAUCUUCGUUGUGGUCCUCCCAUGUGAGAACUGCUGGGUUGAAGCCAGAAAGUGCUGCUCUCACCCAGCAGCAGACUGCGAUGGAACAGUGUCACUCUGAGAGCUCUCCAUCCAGUGAACGUAGACUUCACACCACCUGCAGAUCCGAUGUUUGUCAGAUGCCAAAACUCCAGAAUCCACCGCCCCCUUUGCCGCCAAAAAAAUACGCUAUAACCAAUGUGCCACAGCCAGAGAGAAACGAUUGUUCACCUGAAGUCACACUUACAGACAUGUUCAAAGCUAAUUCUUCCAGUCUUCUGAAGCCCAGUGUAAGUCCAGCUUCAGAGCCAGGCUCAGGAGUGAGCACACACACAAGUGAUGACAGACUCAAGGGAACAUUUCAGGUGAGGGAGCAGGCGGGCAACUCACUGAACUGCCCAUCCAGGUCUCCAGCUGAUGGUUUCCAGGCACACGUGGGUACAGUUGUCGAUGCAUUGUGCCAACCGGAGAGAGACUCCAGCUCUGCCUGCCCAAGUGACACAGUUUCAUUAACUACCUAUUUUUCAGUGGAUAGUUGCAUGACUGAUACAUACAGAUUGAAAUACCAUCAGAGGCCCAAGCUCUGUUUUCCAGAGAAUGAGAAUUCACCAGCUCAGUGAAAGAGGUUUGGGAUCUGUGUCACGUGACAGUCUUGGUUCGAAUUGCCCUUCUGAGCAAAGAUAUGACCCCAGUCUACAUUAUAAUAGAUAAAUUACAAAACCGGCACCUUUUACUUUCAGAGGCCAUUAAAAUGGAAGAGGAAUCGACUGACCAAUCCUAGUGAAAAAUGAAGUUAAAACCAUGGUAUUUUUUUAAGUCAUUAAUCACUAACUUUCUCUCUAUAUUGUUUGUUUUGUGAUAAUCAACUUAUUGGGAAAUUUAGAAAUCCCUUUGAAUAGUCUUGGCAUGCCUCGAAAAAUAGAAAAUCAGGGUAUACGCGAAAAGUCAUUUACCAUAUGCUGCUGUUGUGUAAAAAUGCAAUUCAUCCCUUUAUUUUGUGGCUGGUAGACCCAUAAGUAUUAAACGCAUCAGUACUCACGUGUGUAGAUUGGUAAACUAUGCUCAUUGAAAAACGCCAGGUGAUACACAGUUUGUGUCAUCAGAGCAGGACUGGUUUCAGGAAGCAUUUGGUCACGGGAACCAAAAGGACGCUUCACCCGCUUGUUUCUGAUUCUGUGAUUGUCAGCUACAUGUCAUCUCCCUAAGUGUCUUAGAAAAUAUCCACCCAAGACAUUGAAAGCAUUUCAAAAAAAAGCCUUAAUGAUAAAGAAAAUUGUUAAAUUCAAUUCUCAAGGUCAGAAGAAACUUCAUUUUGCUCCUAGUACUGUUCUUUUCAGAACACCUGAAUUAGGCCUUUGUUAUAUGUAUUCAUAAACAUUACUUCAGCCAAGUAAGCUACACAUAAUUAAAAUACUUUAGCAUAUUUAUUUAUCCUGUUACAGUUUUUCUAAUUUUAUAUGAAAUGUGAAAGGGUUUUAUUUGGGUUCGGUUUACCUGGGGCUGCUAAUACCAGUGUUAGGAGCUCAUCUGGUGCCCUCUUACUGGGCAUCUCACUGUGACUGCCUAAAUUUUCCCUGCUGUAAUCUUACCUGUUUAUAAGUUGUCAACCCAUUUUAUUGAUUUUCUGAUUCUUGAAUCUGAAAAGCUUUCUGGGCUUCCAGAUUAAAUUGCUGCCUUUCAUACAGAGGUUUAAUUUUAAUAAAGUAUAUUAUUUUGAGCAUCCCUCCCUUUUUUCUACUCUAAACAGUCAUUUUACCUUAUUUUUAUGGAGGCUUUAUUUUUAAAUAAAAUAAAGGAAUUUUCCAUUAUUAUGAUAACCUUAAAGUGUGAAAAUAAGUUACUUUAAUUGCCUUAUUUCAUUAGUUGUCAUUUUAUUUUGUACUAAGCUAGUAAAUUGUGGCUUAGGCUAGUUUUAUAUUGUCCACUGCAGACAAUUGAAAAUUAUAGAAUUAAAAUUUUCCUUACAUUUAUCAAGUUUAUAGAUAUAACUUGAUAAUUACAUAAACUAAUUAGUAAAUUUAACAUUUUGACCAAUUCCAUAAAUUGUUAAAAUAUUCCAAAAUGUAAAUGAUUGAAAAUACUUAUUGACAAAUAGAAAAUAAUUGCUUGUAAAAGUCUAACUUCACCCAGUUACCAAAUUUGGUCAAAUUUAUCUUCCAACUAGAGAAAUUUCUAAUAGCCUUUUCUACCUGUGAUUAUUUAUAUUCUCUUAAUUUAGAAAUACUUGAAUAUCAAGUAAAUUAAAUUUUAUCUUUUAAGGAGACCAAUGCCUUAUCCAUUAGGCAACUGGGGCUUCUAAAUUUUAUCUUUUAAGAAAGCUUAUUUUUAACAUAACUUUUAGUAUGGAGCACUUGUAAAUAUUGUAAACUUUGUAAAAUUGUAUUUGAAAUGUCAGUGUAUUUAAAUAUUGCUUUUAUAACACUGUAAAAUACUAGAAAAUGGGCUUCAAGUAUUUUUAAUAACUUUCAAAAACUCUGUGUAGUACUUUUUGUUUGAUUUUUAUUUGGUCAAGCUGUCCAGUUGAAAUGUUAUUUGAAAUAGUUUAAUUUCUGAUAUUUGGCAGCAAUCUCAUAGAUUUGUAUUUUCAACUCACAGUUGAGUUGCAAACAUCAAAUAGAAAUGUUCGAGUUUGGCUCUUUUUAAAGUACUGUCCAGUUGAAACCUCCUGAAUCAUGUAAUCAUACUAACUGGAAACUGACCAUUUGUGUUUAUGCUGACUCACCACUCCAAAUGUAGAUCGAAUGCAUAUUUAAUAACUAAUCACAUGUACAACUUUUAUUUCUAAGGUGCCUAUUUACUUUUAUAGGUGUUUUCUUCUGGUUAUAAGCUUAUUAUAACUUUUGAAAUCAUGCAACAACAGUUGUAAUGUUCAGAAUACUUAUCUUCCAAAUGUCCCAUUUUCACGUGAAAUCAGUUUCUCUGGCUCAAUUUUUUUUUUUUUUUUCAGAUAAACUGAUCUUGAAGUUGAUAUGGUUUGGCCUUCCUUUGCAUUUCUUGUCAUGAACUAUGGCUUCCUCUCCCCCCACGUGGAUUAUGUAUUUUAUGGAAAUGUAAGUCAGUGUAAAGUUCAGGGGUACUUGGAGUGUCACUGAUCAUAAAAUGUUAUACCAGGAGGCUCUUGAGUUAAACUCCAGGGAGGUCUGAAGCAGGGCUCCUCCAGGAUUUGGCAAACCACAUGAAGAGCCAGACAGUAAAUGUCUUAGGCUUUGCGGCCCAUGGGAUCUGUUAACAAACCGCCCAGUUCAGCAGUACAGGGUGAAGACAGCCCUGUACGUGUAAAUAAAUGACGGGCACAUCUGUGAAACUGACUGCCAUUGAAACUUGGGCGUUCACAUCAUUUAACGCCAUGAAUUAGUCUUGCUUUUUUUGUCACUAAAGCGUAAACAUAAUUCUUAUCUCGCAGACCCUAUGAAAAGAGGCAGUGGCUAGGCUUGGCCCUCUGGCCAUAGUUCAAUGACCCUUAUCCUAAAGCAUUACCUACACUGAAUGCCCUCACUGACCCUAAAUACCCUGUGGUCUCUGAAUGUAUUCCCAUGCUAUUUAGGGACUAAGUACAUGGAGUUUACAUCCUAAAAUUUUCAGGUUAACAGACCCCCCCUACAGACUUCCUCACACUUGCUAAUCAGUCAGUUCAUUUCAAAUGGCUAUUAUUUAUAUGAAAUUAAGUUUGUGAAAUUUACCAGAUUAAAAUCACAUUGCUGUUA